CUUGCAAACGCUAAUGUAAGUAUUCAUUUCAGUGCCUACAAAUGUUUACCAAUCAUAGACACAUGGAUUUCACUUCGAUCGCGUCUCUCUCCAUAUAUAUCUCGCUUUGUCCUACAGUGGUGGACCUAAAUUUGAAUCAAGUCACAAUCAUGUUCAGAAGGAAGCAUAAUUCUCAAGAGCAACAGGGUAAUCAGGCUGUACAAGAACAGAAGGUUAAAGAUCUCAGAGCAGUCAUCGGACCCUUAUCCGGCCGUAGUUCAUUGUUCUGCAACAACGCAUGUCUGAGGAGAUACUUGGAAGCUCGGAACUGGAAUGUCGAUAAGUCAAAGAAAAUGUUAGAAGAGACACUCAAGUGGAGAGCGACUUUCAAACCUGAGGAAAUUCGUUGGCACCAAGUUGCCACUGAAGGCGAAACCGGGAAAGCCUACAGGGCAGAUUUCCAUGACCGAGAAGGGAGAACUGUUAUUGUGAUGAGACCGGCAAAGCAGAACACAUCAUCACAUGAGGAUCAACUCAGAUAUUUAGUGUAUUUACUAGAGGAUGUAAUCAUCAACUUACCCGAUGGGCAAGAGCAAAUGAUAUGGCUUAUAGACUUUACAGGAUGGUCACUGGCCAAUUCUGUCCCGAUCAAGACCACUCGAGAAACUGCCCACGUUUUGCAGAGUCACUAUCCUGAGAGGCUUGCAGUUGCAUUCCUAUACGACCCUCCAAGAAUUUUUGAAUCGCUUUGGAAGAUAAUCAAAUACUUCUUGGAUCCGAAAACAUUUCAGAAGGUGAAGUUUGUGUACCCCAAGAAUGAGGAGAGCGUGACACUCAUGGCGAAGAACUUUGAUCUCAAGAUGCUACCUGAGGAAUUUGGAGGGAAGAACAUAGCUCAAUAUGUCCACGAGGAGUUCACUAAGCUGACGGCAGAAGAUGAUAUUAAGAUGGCCGCUCUUUGGGGGUUAGAUGAGAAGAGUUUGCUUGGCCAUCAUCCAAUGCAUGGGAAUUCGGCAUCAGGGGUUGCACCGGCGCCUGGGCAUUUCACAGCACAAGCAAGUUGAGAUAGA